AAAGUAUAAGAUUUUUUGAAAGAUCCACGUGUAUUAUUUUUAUACAAAAGUAAACCUUUUAUUGAAAGUAAAUCUUUAAUACGAUGUCUACUAUAAAUCUAGAAAAUUUCCAUAAAAGAGCCGCUGCUGCGGAAGAAGAAAUAGCUUUUUUAAAAAAAGAAAUUGAAUUUUUACGACAAAAUAUUACCACUAACAAUUCGAAAAUAAAUUCUAUAUCUGAAGAUGAAUAUAUAAAAUUAGAACAAGAAAAUGUAAAAUUAAAACAUAGAGUGGCUAUUUUAAAAAGGACUAUUGAAACUGAACGAGCAAAAUCAGAAAGCAAAGCAAAAGCAACAGAGAAUAAUGCCGUUAGUAUAUAUGAUACAUUAUAUAAUUUAUUUGAGAAAGCAAUUUCAACUGCAUAUCCAAAUGUUUGUGAACCUCCAGUAAUUAUAUCAAUUAGUACCAAUCCAAAAUUUGGAGAUUACCAAUGUAACAGUGCUAUGCCACUUUGUAAACAACUUAAUAAUGAUGGAAUUCAAACAAAACCACGAGAUGUUGCAAAUAAUAUUAUGUCAAAAAUAGAAGAAUCAAGCUUAGUCUCUAAGUUAGAAGUUGCUGGUGCAGGUUUUAUAAAUAUCUAUUUAAAAAAAGAAUUUACACAAACAAUUUUAACUACUUUAGUGAAAAAUGGGAAAGUAUUUCCACCUUAUACAAAAAAACAGAGAGUGAUUAUAGAUUUCUCAAGUCCUAAUAUUGCCAAAGAAAUGCAUGUUGGACAUCUAAGAUCUACUAUAAUUGGAGAUAGUAUUGCAAGAUUGUUAGAAUUUUUAGGACAUGAUGUAUUAAGAAUAAAUCAUGUUGGUGAUUGGGGCACACAAUUUGGAAUGUUGAUAGCUCAUCUUCAAGAUAGAUUUCCUGAUUAUUUAAUUAUAUCUCCACCUAUUAUAGAUCUCCAAAGCUUUUAUAAAGAAUCAAAGUCAAGAUUUGACGAAGACGAGGAAUUUAAGAAACGUGCUUAUAAUUGUGUUGUUAAAUUACAAGCAUUCGAUCCUGAAAUGACGAAAGCAUGGCAAUUAAUUUGUGAUGUUUCAAGAAAAGAAUUCGAAAAGAUAUAUAUUCGUCUAGAUAUUAAUUUAAUAGAAAGAGGAGAAUCUUUUUAUCAAAAACAUAUGGAAAUCAUAGUCAAAGAUUUAGAAGCAAAAGGACUAUUAGAAAAUGAUGAAGGACGAAAAAUAAUGUGGGGUAAACGUAAUAGUGAGAUUCCUUUAACCAUUGUCAAAUCUGAUGGUGGUUUUACUUAUGAUACAUCAGAUAUGGCGGCUCUUAAACAACGUAUAGAAGAAGAAAAAGCAGAUUGGAUAAUAUACGUAACAGAUGCUGGUCAAGCUAAGCAUUUUCAAAUACUAAAAAGUUGUGGUGAGCGAGCAGGAAUUAUAAAAAGUUACCAUAGAAUAGAUCAUGUUGGAUUUGGUGUUGUUCUUGGUAAAGAUAAAAAGAAAUUUAAAACAAGAUCAGGUGAUACAGUAAAAUUAAGUGAAUUACUUGACGAAGGUUUAAAGAGAGCAUUGGACAAACUAAAAGAAAAAGAACGCGAUAAAGUACUCACAGAAGAAGAAUUAAAAAUUGCACAAGAAUCUAUUGCUUAUGGAUGUAUAAAAUAUGCAGAUUUAUCACAUAAUAGAAACCACGAAUAUGUAUUUUCCUUUGAUAAAAUGUUGGAAGAUAAAGGCAAUACUGCUGUAUAUUUAUUAUAUGCUUUAACAAGAAUACGUUCUAUUGCAAGAGCAGCCAAUAUUACACAAAAUAAAUUGCAAGAAUUGGCACACAGUAAUCAAAUAUCAUUGGAGCAUGAAAAGGAAUGGAAAUUAGCAAAAGUAUUAAUUAAAUUUGCUGAUGUAUUAAUUAAAAUUACAAAAGAUUUAUAUCUACAUCAAUUAUGCGAAUAUUGUUAUGAAAUCUCAUGUGCUUUUAGUGAAUUUUAUGAUAAUUGUUAUUGUGUUGAGAAAAAUGAACUUGGAGAAAUAGUAAAUAUAAAUAUUGGUCGCAUGCUUUUAACCGAAGCUACUGCUAUUAUAAUGGAAAAAUGUUUUUCAAUACUAGGCUUAAAACCAGUUGCGCGUAUGUAAACAUAUUUAUACAAACACAUAAUAUAAAAUAACAAUAAAAAUCAUACUCUUUAUAGAAAUUUA